ACACGAUCAAGAUUCAUAUCUAAAAUCUAUAUUCACUUUACAAAAUGGCUAGCCUUCUAACUCGUCACUUCCCGUGGUUUCCCCGUCCUCGGUUUCACUUCCUGAAAUGGUGGACAAGGAAAAACUAUGAGAUAAACUCCGUAAGUAAAUAUGGAGUGCCCCUUAUCAAACUUAAAGCAUGCCAACAAGUACAAUCACGAAAACAGAUACAGUACGGGCACGAAAUAGACGUCUCCUCUAUAGGUCACAGCCAGCGUUUAUAAACCUCCCACUGGCGGGCACACGAGUACUAGUGUUUAAUCCCCACUAGUAGGGCCACGAGCGAACCGGUUCUAUCAAUAACAUGUCGACAUGUGCUAGCGUUUAUAAACCUCCCACUAGCGGGCACACGAAUAACAUGACCACAUCGGA